UCCCCAGUCGUCUCCCACUCCACUCUGUCCCAGCGCAAAACCCACUUCGAGAGCAGCAGCAGUGAUCAGGCGCCGCCGGGGAGGGGGAAGAAGCAGGGAUCAGGCGGCGCCAGCCCGUCGCCCUCCGGCCGACCGCGACGAGCCCCGCGUCGUAUCUUCUGCUCGCAAUGUCGGUCUCGGCCUCCUCCGUCGGAAGCACCGGCGGGCCCCCGCAGCCUUCCUCCCGCUCCUUCAUCACCGCCGCCGCGGCCACCGGGAAGCACCAGCUCAAGAUCGACAGCUACUCCCUCACCACCGCCGUGCCCCGCGGCGCCCACAUCAAGUCCUCCAAUUUCCAGGCGGCGGGCUUCAGCUGGUACAUCAACUACUUCCCCAACGGCCGCGGCCGCCUGCUCAGCCGCGCCCGCGGCCACGUCUCGCUCCAGCUCGUCCUCGACGGCGCCGCCCCCGCCGGCGCCGUCAAGGCGCAGUUCACGCUCUCCCUGCUCAACCAAUCCGGCCAGCCGGCCGAGGACACCGUGCGCAAGAGCCCCGUGCACAAGCUCGCCGGAGGGUGGUGGUUCUACAGGUUCAUCAAGAAGGAGGACCUGGAGCGCUCCCACCGUGGGCUCCUCAGGGAUGACAGCUUCACGCUCCAGUGCGAGGUCGUCGUCCUCGACAGGUUCCGCGCGGUGAAGACUGCCCCUUUCGUGGAGGUGCCGCCGCCCGACCUGCACCGACACCUCGGGGACCUGCUCUUGACCGGGGAGGCCUCGGACGUCACGCUCCAGGCCGGCGGGGUGAGGUUCAAUGCCCACAGGUGCGUGCUCGCGGCACGGUCUCCGGUCUUCAAGGCGGAGCUCCUCGGUUCCAUGAAGGAGGGUACCACCAACUGCGCCAUACACAUCGAGGACAUGGAGCCACGGGUUUUCAAGGCCGUGCUGCACUUCGUGUACACCGACACGGUGCCGGAGGUGGACAAGAAGGAAGAAGCCGCCAUGUCGCAGCAUCUGCUUGAAGCGGCGGACAGGUUCAACCUCCAGAGGCUGAGGCUCUUGUGUGAAGACAAGCUGUGUGGGUGCAUUGACACAAGCUCGGUGGUGACCACACUCGUGCUGGCUGAGCAGCACAGUUGUCAGGGGCUCAAGGAGAAAUGCUUUGAGUUCCUCAAGUCAACUGGUCUGAAUGCGGUCAUGACAACCGAUGGCUUCAACCAUCUGGUAAGUAGCUGCCCAACCGUGCUGGAGGAGCUCAUGUCCAAGCUCAGUCUCCAGUGAUAUGGAAGAACAUAGCUUUCACUAGUGGUGGAAUGGUAGCUGCAGAAGCAUGUUUCAGUACCGUGCAUUAACACAAAGAAAGUCUUUUGCAUCUUGGUUGUCAUCAAGAUGAAAUGUAGCUCUGUGUUUGCUCUGUUUAGUCCUUGUGUAUGCAGGCAUUAGUUGUGAACCUGCAAUCGGUUCCAAGCAACUGAUUCUGCAAUACCAUGACCGGAUGAA